AUGGGAAAGCUUGAACACACGUCGUCAAACUCUGAUUUCCCUCAGCCUAGGGAUGAUGAAGAGAGUUUGAAACUUCGCAAUGACUGGAGUGUCGAAGAGGAACGCAGUGCCAAAAGGAAGCUUGACUUCAUUAUUAUGCCUCUUUUAACCCUAGGCUUCUUUUGCUUGCAGCUGGACCGUGGAAACAUUGCUAAUGCCAUUACUGAUAACUUCAUGGAGGAUGUCGGCAUCACACAAAACCAGUUCAACGUCGGCCAGCAAAUGCUCUCUCUUGGCAUAGUACUCUUCGAGAUUCCAUCCAACAUGAUUCUCUACAGAGUAGGACCAGGAAAGUGGCUUACGCUGCAGCUCUUUCUCUUUGGAACUGUCAGUACCUUCCAGGCGUUCCAAAACAACUACGGCUCUUUCGUCGCCUCGAGGUUCUUACUUGGCAUCACGGAGUCCGGCUUCAUUCCGGGAGGCCUUUGGACUCUUUCGACAUGGUACACUCGUAAAGAGACUGCUAAGCGAGUUAUGUUCUUCUACUUCGGAAACCAAUUUGGUCAAGCUUCGUCUAAGCUGUUGGCCUACGGUAUCCUUCACAUGCGUGGUGUGGGCGACAAGGCUGGUUGGUUUUGGCUCUUCGUUCUGAUGGGCGCCUUCACUGUCUUGUCAGGAGUUGUGCUUGGUUGCUGUCUUCCUGAUUCUUUCAAGAACCCCCGAAGCACCUUUUUGCCAAAUGUCAAGAUCUUCAAUGAGAGGGAGUUGCAUAUCCUGCAGACUCGUGUUCUUCUUGACGAUCCCAUGAAGGGCAAGAAGAAGAGAAAGAUCGGCCUUGGCGCCUUUAAAAAAGCGUUCUCCAAUUGGCGUCUGUGGAUUCAUGUCAUUAUCACACUGUCCAACAACGGUCCCCAACGUGCAUUCGACACAUACUCGCCUUCGAUUGUAAAGAGCUUCGGUUUCGAAGGUUUGACUAGCAAUGCCCUGGCCUCAGUCGGUUUAUUUCUCCAAAUCCCUGUCUCAUGGACCUUUAGUUGGGUGUCUGAUCGAUUUAACAAGAGACCUGAGACUGUUAUGGCAGGUCUGAGCAUGCACUUACUGGGUUACGUCUUCAACCGCAUCUUUACUGAGCUGUCCCUUCGUGGUGUCAGUUACUUCGGUGUGGUUUGGACGCAGACCUUUGGUACAUUCUCACAUCCAUUGAACAUUGCGUGGAUGUCCUUGGCGUGUGACGAUUCAGAAGAGAGAGCCCUUGCAAUGGCCAUGGUCAUCAUGGGAGCCAAUAUUGCUGGAAUCUAUGGCGCCCAGAUCUUCCGAUCUGAUGAUAAGCCAAAGUAUCGUCGUGGCUUCAGUAUCAAUAUCGCCGUGCUUAGUGUUGGUCUGGCUCUCGCAGUUUUGCGAUUCUUUGAUGAUAAGAUCUGGCGUCGCAACAAGGUUGCUGAGAUCCAGGAUCAACUUGCACGCGAGAGAGGCGACCAUGACAGUAACAGUGACGAAAAGAGUGAUGGACAGAAGGACGAUCGCACUCCUACUCUUGGCCUGGAGAAGACCUCACCAGUGGAGUUGAACCCCGUUGCCAAGGCUACUCAGUAG